AUGUACGCAGGAUGCAUGUUGGGUAUGAUUGUCAUGGGGCCGGCCUCGGACUACAUUGGACGCCGCUUGGGUCUCAUACUCUGCUCCGGUAUCACGUUGCUGGGUGCUCUGCUUUCUGCCCUGGCCUGGAGCGAGAACGCACUUAUCGCGGCUCGCAUCAUCACCGGAGUCGGCAUGGGUGGCGAAUAUCCGCUUGCUUCCGCGCACUCCGCAGAGUCUUCCGAAAAGACGAGCGAUGGUGCUCGAAACAUUGCCCUGCUGUACCUCUUCGGAAGCGGCUUUGGCCAGGCAUUGUGCCCACUGGUAACUUACAUCAUGGAGGUCUCCGGCGUUCCUCAUGAGUUGAUUUGGCGAUGGAUUUUUGGAGUCGGUGUCAUUCUUUCAGCUUGUGGCCUGGUCUUGCGAUACCUAACCACACAGAACAGCCAAAAGUUCGUGGAAAGCAAGAAGGCAGAACAAGAGCAUCACGACAGCACGUGGACCAUUCUGUCACCUUACUGGCGCGCACUUCUUGGCACCGCCGGGUGCUGGUUCCUCUUUGAUAUCGUCGAGUACGGCUUGAAGCAGAACGAUGCAGCAAUCUUCAGUGAGAAUGUCUCUGAGAGCUAUGCCGAGAGCAUUCUUCAGGUUCUGUGGAGCCGGCUCCUCGUGAUCCCAUCGCUGAUUUUCGCACCCUGGUUUUUGACCAAGGUCUCCAGCAAAAGGGUUCAGCUCAUUGGCUUCAUGGGAUGUGGGGUGGCCAACCUGAUCUUGGCAGUCGCCUACGAAGAGUUGCGGGAGUUCUCCACCCUCUUCUUAGUGUUCUACAUCCUGCAGCUCUCUUUCCAGAGCCUUCCUGGGGUCACCACCAUGGCCAUCUCCGCAGAGAUUUAUCCGAGCAUGGUCCGCGGGGCAGCCGCCGGCAUCAGUGCAGCCUGCGGAAAGCUCGGCGCCACAGUUGGUUCCUACUUCUUCUCCGAGCUGAAAAACCUCGGCGAAAUCAGAGGAAUCUUUUGGACCGUCUUCGCCACCUCAGCUUUGGCUAUGUUGCUUACAGCCCUCAGCACUCCCUACUACAACGGGAACACGCUGGACGAGGCCGACGAGCUGGCUCGCAGUGGAAAGCCGAGGCAGGCCGUUAAGAUGCUCUACGGCGGUCCGAUCGCGAACCAGGAUCGGACGAAGGGUGCCGAAUAUGUGUCCGAUGACUUGUCGGACGAGACUGACGAGCAGAGCGCGUGA